AUGACUUUGUUUUUCAAAGUCUUCGAUAUCUCCAAGAUAAAUAAUUCUUCCACGGAUGAAGAUCCUAGAGACAAGAUACUGUGCAAUGAGCAUCACCCUUUUGAGAAGGGUCACUUUAAGGCCACCAUACGAGCUUUCAGUGACAGCAUUAAGCUAGGACUGAAGGGCAGUUCGGGGCCCAAAGGCACAGUCUCUAUAUUCGAGAAUGAAAAUACGCCACACGAUCUCACGGCGGAAGAUUUCAAGUUGCAGCCGGUCUGUAUGGCCUUUUCCUGGUUUGUUAUUGGUCUCGUUAUCGUUUGCUUACUACUUUGCAUCACGCUUGUGCUAACAUCACAAUAUCAAGGCGAAAAUGAAAAUUACGCUACGGAAGCUAUACCAUCAAGUAAUAUCAACGACGAGGAAAAGCAAUUAUCGCUUCUCGACAUGGCUUAG